AUGAUCACAGAUAUUUACCACCCGGGGGAAAAAAUAGAAAAUGAAUUCCUAAAGGAGAAAAUUCGAUCGAAAAUAAACGACAUGCUAAAAUGGAAGCGCAAGGGAUUUCCAGGAGGCAAUCCAGUAUCGCUAACAAAGCACAACAUCAGGAAUUUGUUUAGCAAAGAUUAUUUAAUAUGCGAAAAGACCGACGGAGUGAGGUACUUUUUAUUUAUUGCUUCGAAUACCACUUUCCUAAUUGAUAGAAAUUAUGAUAUCUUCAAAAAUGAUAUGCACAUUCCUACACAUGAUGAUUUGCAAGCCAAGCAACAGUUGACAUUACUCGAUGGAGAAUUGGUCGAGGACACAAUUUUUAAUGAAAAAAAAGGAGUCGAAGAAAAUAAAAUUGUAUAUUUGAUAUAUGAUGGGCUAUAUAUCCAUAGGAGAGAUAUAACAGCUUUGAACUACUUGGAGCGACUGACUAAUGUUUACAACUUUGUAAUUCGUCCGUUAAAAAAGUACAGGAGAUAUACCAACCAAGGGAAGCGGACAGAAGGGCCCAUUCGUCCAUCGCGCUCUACAUUAGAAUCGGAUGACGGAAACAUGAACAAUUGGCAAAGUAUAAAUGGUAACCAAAAUGAUAACAAAAAUGAUAACAAAAAUGUGAACGAAAAUAGCAGUGAUAAACAGAACCUAAAAAGAAGUGUGGACCAAAGGGGCGAUAAGGACACAUGUACUGAUCACUGGAGGGAUAAUAAUGAUACCCCCCCUCCUCCAGGAAGUGCUACUCCCUUUGGGCUAGAUGAACAUUCUAUGCAUAAGAAGGAGGCCUACAUAAACGCUCAACAUGCUGGUACACCUACCGAUGGAAAUGUGUGUGACGAAUCAGAUGAGACAAUCCCCUCCGAUGAAGGUAGUCUUCCUGAGGAAGAAAAUCUCCCCUUUGAAAUUUACUUAAAAGAUUUCUACCCCAUCUCCCAAAUUAAGGAACUUAUUCAAACAAUUAAGAAACUGCCUCACCCUUCUGAUGGAAUUAUAUUUACCCCUCUGAAUUAUCCUUACAGAACUGGCAACUUCUUUGAGUUGCUAAAAUGGAAACCACUAAAUUUAAACACCGUCGACUUUGGAAUUGAGACCAUAUAUGAUCAACACAACUCCCCCCAAAGGUUUGAGCUUUUUAUUUCCAUCAGGGGAGUGAGAACUUCCUAUCGAACAUAUUUGGCAGAGUAUGGGGAUGUGUACAAGGAGCUACUAACCUUAGCGCUCAACAACAAGAUUUCUCAUUAUAUUAUCGAAUGCUACUAUGUUGCGAAGAAUAUUUUUUCCAUUUUUAAGAAUGAAAAUGGGAUGGAGGAGAAAAUCGAAGGAGGGUGGAUUGCGCAGAAAAUUCGAUUCGAUAAAAACAUACCCAACGACAUCUCCACGCUGAACAAAGUUAUUCAGAGUAUUCUGGACAAUAUAACUAUUGACUCCCUCAUCAAGGAAAUUUCGCGCAACCGUCAGGGCAAGCGAUGA